AAGGCGAGGACGAGAGGAGGAAGAGCCGGGGGAGGGUUGAGGACUUCUCCGCAGGCCCUGGCGCGCGUGCCGCCGUCCCCUUCGGGCCCAUCCCGUCGACCGGAAUGCUGAAGCCGCGCGGGCGGUUGGAGUCCCAGCGCCCCACGUCCGACUCCCGGGGUCUCUGGCCCUCCUGGCGCGCAGACAGCGACACCGAGAUCCCCCCAACCCCGGGCAGCUUCUCGCCAAGAAGUCGAUGUGAUUUAAUUUGAAGCAAAACCGAGAAAUGAAUGUUUCUUCCUCAUUCAUUCAUACUGUUUUUUGAUGGCCAUGGCAUAAGGAACUUUAUCCCAGGAAUACAGCUUUACAUUAGUACUAAACAAGAUUUGUGAUGAAAUGGAGCCUGGAACAAACUCUUUUCGAGUCGAGUUUCCUGAUUUUUCUAGCACCAUUCUGCAGAAACUGAACCAGCAGCGCCAGCAAGGACAAUUAUGUGACGUCUCCAUUGUUGUUCAAGGCCACAUUUUCCGGGCACACAAAGCUGUUCUUGCUGCCAGUUCACCCUACUUUUGUGACCAAGUACUUCUGAAAAACAGCAGGAGAAUUGUUUUGCCUGAUGUGAUGAACCCAAGAGUGUUUGAGAACAUUCUCCUCUCUAGUUAUACAGGACGCCUAGUAAUGCCUGCUCCAGAAAUCGUUAGUUACUUAACAGCAGCCAGCUUCCUCCAGAUGUGGCAUGUGGUGGACAAAUGCACUGAGGUUUUAGAGGGAAACCCUACAGUCCUUUGUCAGAAGCUAAAUCAUGGCAGUGACCACCAGUCUCCAAGCAGCAGUAGUUACAAUGGCCUGGUAGAGAGCUUUGAGUUGGGUUCUGGGAGCCACACUGAUUUCCCCAAAGCCCAAGAACUGAGAGAUGGUGAGAAUGAAGAGGAGAGCACCAAAGAUGAGCUGUCGUCUCAGCUCACGGAGCAUGAAUACCUGCCCAGCAACUCGUCGACGGAGCAUGACCGGCUGAGUACUGAAAUGGCAAGCCAGGAUGGGGAGGAGGGAGCCAGUGACAGCGCUGAGUUCCACUACACCCGGCCCAUGUAUAGCAAGCCUAGCAUAAUGGCUCACAAACGCUGGAUCCACGUGAAGCCUGAGCGCUUGGAGCAGGCUUGCGAGGGCAUGGAUGUGCACGCAGCCUACGAUGAGCACCAGGUCACCGAGUCCAUCAACACCAUGCAGACAGAGCACUCGGUGCAGCCUUCGGGAGUGGAGGAGGACUUUCCAAUUGGGGAGAAGAAGGUGGAAGCAGAGUUUGACGAACAGGCUGAUGAAAGUAACUACGAUGAGCAGGUGGAUUUCUAUGGCUCUUCCAUGGAAGAAUUUUCUGGAGAGAGGUCAGAUGGGAAUCUCAUUGGGCACAGACAGGAGGCUGCCCUUGCAGCAGGCUAUAGUGAGAAUAUUGAAAUGGUGACAGGGAUUAAAGAAGAAGCUUCCCACUUAGGAUUUUCAGCCACUGACAAGCUGUAUCCUUGUCAGUGUGGGAAAAGUUUCACUCACAAGAGUCAGAGAGAUAGACACAUGAGCAUGCACCUCGGUCUUCGGCCUUAUGGUUGUGGUGUCUGUGGUAAGAAAUUCAAAAUGAAGCACCAUCUCGUGGGCCACAUGAAAAUUCAUACAGGCAUUAAGCCGUAUGAGUGUAAUAUCUGUGCAAAGAGAUUUAUGUGGAGGGACAGUUUCCACAGGCAUGUGACUUCUUGUACCAAGUCCUACGAAGCUGCAAAGGCUGAGCAGAAUACAACUGAGGCUAACUAAAAAUAGGAUCUGGCCCUUGAGUGGCAUGCACAAAAAUAAACUAUGGUAAUUAAUGCAAAUCUGGGCACAGAUGAUGCGUGCUACUUGCUAUUAUGAGAGAGGCUUAAAAAAAAAAGGAAGAUAUUUCUGAAAGACCAGCUCUAAGUAGGCCAAUUAAAAAAUCUAAUUCUUCAACUUUGUAUGUUUCAGUCUUGGCCUGAAAUGGGCGAUGGGGAUAAGUUAACCCACUGCCCAGCUGGCAAGGGAAACCUUCAAGCCAGUUGUGUUUGAAGCAGGUGGACUUGGUAAUAGAGACACCUGUACUUGGAACUGGACUCCAGCCUACCAGUUCCAUUGCAGUGGCAGCAGUUUUUGAUCACUCAUUAUUACAAGGUCAUGUUGAAAUUUUAUUUUGCUUUAACUAUAGAUACUUAGGAAAUGUGGGUUUGUUUUGGUAGCUGCUUCACUGAAUGAAAUGCUACUUAUGUAAAAGCUACAAAUAAUGUGAUUCCUAGUAUGAGAAACUGAUUAACAGAGCUCUCUUUGGUUUCAUUCUUUCUAAAGAAUAUUUUAACUAAAACUAUGGAGAUCCUGAGAGGGUAACACUCUAAAACAAACAUUCUGAAACAACUUAUGGUACAAGCUUCAGUUUCUGUAAGAUGUGACUGUCACAAUGUUUCAAACUCUUAAUAAGGCACAGUUUUGUAUUUUAAUACUAACUUUGAGUUUGAAUUGUUCUAAUUGUAAUUCUUUUGGGUGCCAGAGAUAGGUGUUUCUAAUUGGUUUGCUGCCCCAAAUCCUGUUUUUUAAAUGUAGCAUCCAGGCAGUGAAAUCUACUCUGGUUAAGUGACAUCUAGCCUGCUGUGACUCUGACCUCUGUGCCAGGUAGUACCCCAGUUGUUGCUCCAUCUUAGAUUAUGGUGCUUCCCAGCAAGAGCAGCCGGUUACCGUAGGUCACAGGAAGGAGGAGCAGAAGUCUUGGCUGAGUUACCUGUGAGCUGUAGGAGUUAACAGUGCUUCAUGGCACUCCUAUUGUCAGAGCGACAGUAGAGGAGAAGCAGAAUCUUAUGAGUGAAAGGUUAAACACGAGGGAAAAACACUGCACAUGAGGAGUCUUGAAAAUACACUGGUGGAAGAGGGGGAUACUCUCUUAGAAGGAUACCCAGAGCUAAUGCUGCCAGUUUCUUUUGAGUGCAGCAAUGUGUGUCAAGAGAGGGAAGGAGUCCUAAUUUUAGCCAAAUAUUCUACAGGUUCAUUCUUCCAGGUUGCAGAUGAGUGCAUAAAUUGACAAGUCCACACAGCUAUAUCCAGCAACAAACAAGCAGCUAUUCUGAGACCUUUUCUGCCAGCUGGUCAGAUGUUUUAGGUUCAAAAGAAGGUAUAUACUCAGAAUGCUCCUAAGCUGUGUAAUGUACCUGAGGUUAUUAUCAGGGUAGGACAGGGUGCUACUAUUAUGUCAUCUUUCCAUAAACUUAACUGGUCUCUUAUUUCUAAGUAGAAUUUUUUUUCUUAAAAUAAAAAUAAUUUUUCUUGGAUUUGGGUAAAUUUUGUUUAAAAAGUUUGAUUUUGAUCUAACAUGGUAGACAUCGCUGGCAAUAGCCUCUGAUCCUCCAGCUCCUAACACAAAGAUGUUUACUUGUUGAGCAUUGUCUAGAAAGGUUACAAAACAGGGAUCUAUUCACUAACACUGUAUCAUUCUCGAUAUAUAAAAAGCACUUUGUAUUUAAAAUUUUAUUAUAAAUAUAAAUAUAUAUUGUUUUUUAACCUAGAAACUAGAUAUUACCUCUUGGUUGUUUGCCACCUUAAUAUCAUCUUCUCUUAGUGUUGAAACUGCCAGUUAGCAGGCCUUUUUCUGUGUACUGAUGGAAUUGUGAGGAUGUGACUGAACAAUCAAGUUCAGUUGCUCCUUCUCUUUUUCUCAUGUUAGAGGCCAGUGAGUUUUAUAUGAUCCUAGCCUUUAUGUGUGAGGAGAAAUUGUUUUAUUGCUCCUACUAAUAUCCAUACUGAGUCAGUGAAGCCAUUCCAUUCUGCCGAAAGCUUGAUCACCACUCCUGUGGUAUUAGCAAGACAUUUUCUCCCCCUUGAGAAAGUUUGGUGUGCAUUUCCCAUUAAACAUUAUAUUGAACUGAGUAUUAGCACAUUUGGAGAGAAGGGUCUGAGAUGUAAAAUUGAAAUAUUCUGGGAAAAUAAUGACCCUUCAGUUCUGCUGAAUCAGCACCCUCAUCUUGAGUUGUGACAAAGAGCUUUUGUUCAGCCAGGAGUGUGGCCAGUCCCUGGGUGGCAGUUUGGAAGCAAACAGUUGUGCUGUGACUUAAUGUGUUUGAAGAGAGGAGUAUCUUAUUGAAAUCCUUAUAUGUACAUCAGCUGCUAAAUGUAGAACUUAAAUAAGGUCCUCACAUCUGCUAUUUAAAGUUUCUUGUGGUAGUUCAGGUUUUGGUAAAAAUGGGGGUUGCUUAUGGGUCAACCAGGCCCUGUGAGUUGCUGGGUGUCAGCCUUAGUCUGGAUAAGGAAUUGCAGUAUUGGUGGACUCUGCUUUGCAGGAUUAGGAGAUCAUGCUGCACUCCUGCCUCCCCGCCCUCAGUUUCUCCUUCAGCCCAGACACAGCUUUAGGAAAUCCUUAUCCUUCCAAAUGUGUUUGGAUAGUAACAUUUUCCAAACAGUCUUUCAGGGAUCAUUCAAUGGCCUAUAACCAAGGUAUUUGUCCCCUACUUUGAGUCUUAACUGUGGUUUUUCUCUCAUCCCAGUGGGAAAGGGCUUCAAGGCACCACCAGUGGCAUUUAAUAUUCUGCAAAGAUUAGGCCUUUCGAUCUAGACAAGACACAUCAUAGUAAUCUACUUGGUAAAGCAGUGACUCAGAUGUCAGGGCUUGCCCCCAGCCUCUCCUGAGCCUCAUACCAUUGAGUCCCAUUUCUAGAUCUUGCCUUCCCCAGUCUCUUUCGGCCCUUGUUUUAAAAGUCUACCCCAAAGGGUCCCCUUUAUUCUACUGGGCUUUUGUUGAACUACACUGACCUAGGCAGGCUGCUAACUAUUGGGAAAGCCUUGUGGCUCCUUCCCACAGAGACUGGCACACCCUGUGCUGCUGCAGAAGGGAAGUUAGGGGCAAGGUUGUGCUUUCCUGAGAAGGGUGUGCUGCAGCCUCAGGUAGGGGUGGGGAAGGCAACUUCAGUAAAUCCACUCAUUUUUGUUCCUAUAAACUCUCUGAUACUUUAGGAAUGCCAGAAACCAAGGGAUGUGUUACGCCAGCCCCCUUCUGUGCCACUGACUUUUGUGAUUUAGGUUGCUUUCAUGAGUAACUAACUUUGUUCAGUGAAACCAGGGUUUGUUUGUUUUUGGUUUUUUCCUUUGCUACUCACAUAUUUAAAGGUACAAGUUUCUUAUUUCAGAUCUCUACUGAUUGUGCCCUAUGGGAAGAUGCUGGAACACAUUUUGGAAAUGUGACUUUUUUUUUUUUUUUUUUUGCUUGAAGCCUGUGUCAUGUCAGUUGCUGCUGCCUUCUUUCCUUUUAUGAGGUUCCCAAUGUUUCUUCCAGAAAAUUUAUUUAUGCAAGUCAGGUGACUCGUAGGCCACAAAACCAUUUAAUGAUAAGCAGAUUAUCAUUAGGUGCAUAUCUUAUUGGUAUUUGUGAAAUGUUAUGCCUGUGUUGCAAAAGUUGAAUAGUUUUGUCUUUAUAUAAUUGCUGUCUUUGGUGCACAGCAUGGUUUUUCUUAAUUGAAUGUUACUGUUUAAUAUUUCUUCUUAUAGAAGAGACCAUGCCCUUUUGUAUGACAUGUUUUAAUAAAUGUUAUCUGUCAAUUUUGUAAAAGUUUUGUUUUUCACUCUGAGUGGAUGACUAUAUCUUGUUUUCAUUCUGGCUUUGACUACCUAAGAAUAAAGUUGUAUUAUGGCUUUUUGAUAA